AUGGAGGAUCAGCGCAGGCCGAGUCAUGCCGCGGGAUAUCCAGCCUCGGCCGACACCAAGCGCGGCGGCAACUUGGCUGCCGCCGACACCGAGGGCGGCAGGGCACUGGCUGCCGCAAGGCGUGCCCAGCGCCGUCUCGGCCUCAGGAAAAGCCAGCGCGCACCAAGAGAAAUCCGGCCUCUGCCGACAGUAGAGGCCGCCGGUCCUUCGCCGCCGCCGACGAGAAGUUCGGACGUUCCGCGGGACAUUCGGCCACAGCCGACAUGGAGGGCCGCCGGCCCUUCGCCGCCGACGAGAAGUUCGGACGCGCCGCGGGAUAUCCAGGCUCUGUCGACACCGACGGCGGCAGGGCGCCGGCUGCCGCAAGGCGGGCCUAGCGCCGUCUCGGCCUCAGGAAAAGCCAGCGCGCACCGAGGAAAUCCGGCCUCUGCCGACGGUGGAGGCCGCCGGGCCUCGCCGCCGCCGACGAGAAGUUCGGACGUUCCGCGGGAUAUUCGGCCACAACCGACUUGGAGGGCCGCCGGCCCUUCGCCGCCGUCAAGCGGGACUAGCUCGGCCGUAGUCUCGAUCGGAAGCCAGCACUCGCCGCGAGCCAUCCAGUCCCGGCCGGCCAGCAGGGCCGAGAUCCCCGCCACAACUCCGGCCGCAGCCGGGCUGCUUGUUGGCGGCAGAGAUAGCGCCUCGGCAGGUGCCGAGACCAAGGAGCUGCAGGCCGAGGACCUAGCCAGCGCGCUGCGGCACCUCGACGAGGAGUUCGAGGCGGGCGAGAGGCUGGCCAACGAGCAGACGUGGUGUGCGCCGGUGCCGCGCGAGAGGCAGGUGAGGACGGUGCGGAAGUUCUACCGGGCGUUCCACGACGCUGGCACGCUGCCGAUCGCGACCUGCACGCUAUGCUACCGGAAGCGGGCCAAGGGGAGCUGA